AUGCCUCCUAGAGUCCCCACAGAAGAAGACUUCUCCCCCCUCUCAUCCACCCUCCCUCAUACCCUCCAUUUCCCCGAUCCUCCAGAGUCAACAACUACAUUCCUCAUUCUCUUUCACGGCCUCGGCGACCAUGAUGUCCCCUAUGCAGGCUUCGCAAAGAACCUCAACCUUCCCGGUGUCCUCGGCAUUUCUGUCCGCGGCACUUCUGUCCUCCCUGCCGCACUGAUGGGCGCCGAUGUCCCCGGUUACCAUUGGGGGGAUGAUCUCACUAUUGACCCCAACACGGGAGAUAUCGCCGAUGAUUCUGGUUUCGAGAAGGCGCGCAAGUUGGUCAUGGAGAAGUUGAUCACUGAGGUUCUCAUCGAAAAGUGUGGCUGGGAAAUGAGAGAUAUCAUGUUCUUUGGUUUCGGACAAGGUGGCUCGCUUGCCCUUGGUCUCGCGGCCGCUCUUGACACUACAUCUCGUGUCACAGACGUCACAGAAGGCGAAAACACUACAACUGCAGGCAACAAGACCUUCAAAGGUCUCAUCUCCCUCGGUGGCCCUUUGCCGCAAUCGAUGGUGUCCACUGUUACUAACCGUCGCAAGAGCCGCACAAGCGUGCUGGUGUGCCAGCUGGACGAAGACGCCGUCGACGCUGUGAAGCAGGAGUUUGACGACGUCAAGGUGGUGCAGUGGAAGAGACGCCAUUUGAGCAUGCCGAUGGACAGAGAUGAGGUUCUACCUCUGAUGCAGUUCUUUGCUGAUAAGCUUAGAAACGAAUUUUAA